GCUUUGAUCCUUCAUCAAUCAUUUGAGGCGGAGAAGGAAACAGACGAAACGUGGAGAUGGCGAUGCCGCUGGGCAUGGCGACGUAUCUGAUGAGGAUGGUUUGGUUUUCUCUGAGCGGUUGGGUCUUCACUUGCUUGUCUAUCGCCGACGAGAUCGCUGGCUCUCUCAGAAACGGUGAUAUUGGUCCUUUCCAUGUCGGAUGACAGAGAUUCUUUAGCUCUCCUUCUAUAUAUGCGUAUAUGUUUUUUACUUUUCUCAAUUUAUAAUUUCUUCCUUUUUGAUCCGUUGUCUUCGAUCACAGUCUCUUUAGAUUCCAUUGAGACUCUUGAUUAAAGUUUGAUGAUAGUUUAUGUUAAUAGAUGGUUAAGAUAAUUAGAUCAAGUUUGUGGAUGUGAUAUAUGUCUCAGUCACUCAAGUGUGUGUAGGUUUGACUGAUGCUUUGCUUCCUAUAUGAGACUUGAUAUGAUGCUUGUUUCCUUGUUAAUGUAUCUCCCAUGAACAUUGUGAUCAGCAACCCCGAGAUGCAACAAUCCUUGUUGGCUUUUUUUUUUUUUUUGUGUUGUUGUGUUUAUAGAAGUAUGUUGAAGACCAUGAUCAUUUAUAUUCAGAUAAUUUCUAUGGUU